AUGUCAGAGAACUCAUCUUGCUGUAGGUACUGGCUCUCUAUAUGUAUUUCUCUCCUGGUUCUGGUGUGUGCGGGUCUUCUGACUGCGGGUUGUCUCCUUGCGUUUGGGGCAGAAUCAUCCAAUGGAACUUUGGGUUUGGUUUUGUUGUACUUGUGUCCUGUGCCCUUUGUGGCUGUUCUUGUUCUUCUCUUCUCCUACACCUGCCGACGUCACCGGGUGAUGCCGAUGUGCCCAUUCGCUACGGCCUUGGUUUUUGUGGUGAUUGUCCUGCUAGGGGGCUUUGGCACGAUGGUCGGGAUGGGUGUUACUUUUGUUGCAUGGACUUUUGGGGACAAUGAGAGAAAGCGGACUGGUAUUUUGCUGAUUGUUUUUUCCCCGAUUCCACUUGCCUUCGCUAUUGCUAUCCCGAUUUUUUGCUGCAUUCGACGCAAGCGAAAGCUUCAAGCGAUAAAAGAAGAAGAAGAAGCGGCUACAAGAACCGACACAGAACAAAUAAUACAGCUACCAGUCCCCCUUGACAGUGCAAAGUCUCCAUUGAAGAUUGAUGAACACUCAUCCGUUGAGAUUGCCACUCCUCAGAAUCUACAGGUGGCAUGA